AUGGGUGUCCCUGCUCUUUUCCGAUGGCUUUCCAACAAGUAUCCCAAGAUCGUCUCUUCGGUGAUCGAGGAGCUGCCCCAGGAAGUGAAUGGAGAGGAAAUUCCGGUCGACACGACACGCCCGAACCCUAAUGGCGAGGAGAUGGAUAACCUGUAUCUUGAUAUGAACGGCAUUGUCCACCCAUGUACGCACCCCGAUGGCAAACCGCCACCGGCGAACGAGCAGGAGAUGAUGCUGGAAAUCUUCAAGUACACUGAUCGAGUAGUGAACAUGGUCCGCCCGCGAAAGCUUCUUAUGAUUGCUAUUGAUGGUGUCGCACCGAGAGCCAAGAUGAACCAGCAGCGCGCACGUCGAUUCCGCUCCGCGCAGGAGGCCAGAGAGAACGACGAGAAGAAAGAGGAGCUGCAGAAGCUGCUCGACAGGCAACAAGCCAAGAAGGGUGCCGACCAGGUUAUGCGUGAGGAGGUCGUCCAGAAGACCUGGGAUAGCAAUGUCAUCACUCCUGGGACCCCGUUCAUGGAUAUUCUCGCUGCUUCGCUGCGGUAUUGGAUUGCCUACAAACUCAAUACCGAUCCGGCUUGGGAAAAGAUGAAAAUUAUCAUUUCGGAUGCUACUGUGCCCGGAGAGGGUGAGCACAAAAUCAUGGAAUUUGUUCGGUCCCAGCGCGCAUCGCCAGAGCACGAUCCGAACACCCGCCAUGUAAUGUACGGUCUUGAUGCCGAUCUUAUCAUGCUGGGUCUCGCGACUCACGAGCCUCAUUUCCGAGUUCUGCGUGAGGAUGUCUUCUUCCAGGAAUCAAAGCCUCGGACAUGUAAACUGUGUGGCCAGCCGGGUCAUAAAGCUGAGGAGUGUACCGGAAAGGCCAAGGAGAAGAGCGGAGAAUUCGACGAAAAGCAACACGCCACCCCACUUAAACCAUUCAUUUGGCUCCAUGUCUCUGUUCUUCGAGAGUAUCUGGCUGCAGAACUGCACGUUCCUCAGCAGCCCUUCCCAUUUGACCUUGAACGGGCGCUCGAUGACUGGGUUUUCAUGUGUUUCUUCGUCGGAAACGAUUUCUUGCCUCACUUGCCGUCAUUAGACAUCCGUGAGAAUGGUAUUGACACGCUUAUUGCAAUCUGGCGGGACAGCAUUCCGGCCAUGGGCGGGUAUCUAACUGAGGACGGACAUGUCGCCUUUAAACGGGCUCAGCUUAUCCUCCAAGGUCUGGCCAAGCAGGAGGACGCGAUUUUCCGACGCCGUAGACAGGCCGAGGAAAGAAGAGCAGCCAACGAAAAGAGGCGCAAGGAGCAAGACAAGGCUCGGAACGAAGAAAGGGCUAGCAAGCGGAGGAGAAGCUCUCCGCAAUAUGACAACAACCGACCUCGUGGUGGCGCCGGCGCCGGCGGUGAUAAUGCGCCCCCGCCCGGUCUGGAGUUGAUUACCCCGGGCCGUGGACAUCUAUCCAAGGAGACCAGGGAGUUGACUCACAGUAUGGUAACCAAUCGUGGAGCCGUGUACCGCGCCAACAUGGAGAACAAGAGCGCCGCUGCUGUGCUGAAGAGCAAACUCAUGAAGGGCAACCAGGAUGAGCCUGCCACCGAGGAGAAUGGAGAAGCGUCGAAUGACGCGAAUGAUGCUGAGCCGACUUCUCCGUCGGUUCUUGGAAAGAGAAAAGCCGAUGAGACGUCUGAGGAUCAGGAAUCGGGCACUCCGGGCAGAGACUCACCUCCGCCGCCGCCGCCCAAACCCAAGGAGGACGAAAUGCCGGAAGACACCGUCCGACUUUGGGAGCCGGGUUAUGCGGAUCGGUACUACGAGCAAAAGUUCAAGGUCGAUCCCCAGGAUCACGAAUUCCGCCACAAGGUUGCACGUGCUUAUGCUGAAGGUCUCGCUUGGGUUCUGCUCUACUACUUCCAGGGAUGUCCUUCGUGGAACUGGUACUACCCAUACCACUACGCUCCCUUCGCGGCAGACUUCGUGGAUAUUGGAGACAUGGAACUCUCGUUUGAAAAGGGAACGCCUUUCAAGCCCUUCGAACAGCUGAUGGGUGUCCUGCCGGCGUCAUCCAACCACGCUCUUCCUCAGAUUUUCCACCCUCUCAUGAGUGAACCGGACAGCGAGAUCAUCGACUUCUACCCCGAGGACUUUGAUCUUGAUUUGAACGGUAAGAAGUUCGCCUGGCAGGGUGUGAUUCUGCUUCCUUUCAUCGAUGAGAAGCGUCUGCUGGCUGCCAUGCAGAAGAAGUAUCCUCUUCUGACCGAAGACGAACGGAGUCGCAACACCCAUGGUCAAGAGGUACUCUUGUUAUCGGAUCAACACCCCCUGUAUCAAGAUCUUGCCGCCAACUUCUAUUCCAAGAAGCCCGGGCCCCCAGAGUACAAGCUGAACGUGCGUGUCAGUGAGGGUCUGGGUGGUAUCGUUGAGCGCAGUGACACAUACAUCCCCCAUGGCGCUCUGGUGUCGCCUUUGGAGGAUUACGGCAUGCCGAGUCUGGAUGAUGACCAUUCUCUCACUGUCAAUUACAAGAUCCCCAAGUCCUCUCAUAUUCACAAGUCCAUGCUUCUCCGCGGUGUGAAGCUUGCGACACCGAUGCUGAACUCGGCUGAUAUUCGCGCGACUAAGGGCCGAGCCCAAAAUUCCGGUCGCUCCUUCGGUGGCGCACCGCUGAAUGGGAGGGGGCGAGGCGGCCGCAUGGACUACGGACAAUCAGACCGUCCGAACCCAUUCGCCGCGCAUCUCGACCCGCGUUACAUGAACGGGCCUGCGCCCCCUCCCGGCAUGCCGAUGAUGCCGCCUGGCUGGGUUCCCCCCGGUCAAGGCGGCGGUGACUAUUCCCGAGGACCCCCUGGGCCUCCCCCGCGGUGGUGGGAAUUAUGGGGCCACCAAGGCGGCUAUGGUCAACAAGGUCAAUACAACCAGGGCCAAUACCGCGGACACAACGGCGGCUAUGACGAUAACCGGGGCCGCGGAGGCUACCGUGGAGGAGGCGGUUACCGUGGCGGAAACCGGGAUAAUCACCGUGGUGGCCGAGGAGGUGGUGGUUAUGGUCGCUACUAA